AUGAGUUCCUACCAGCAGAAGCAGACCCACAUCCCACCUCCCCAGCUUCAGCAGCAGCAGGUGAAGCAGCCCUGCCAGCCUCCACCCCAGGAACCAUCUGUUCCCGUAACCAAGGAGCCAUGCCACCCCAAGGUUCCACAACCUGGCCAAACCACGGUUCCUCAACCUGGCCACCCCAAGGUUCCACAACCUGACCAAACCAAGGUUCCUCAACCUGACCACACCAAGAUUCCUCAACCUGACCACACCAAGGUUCCUCAACCCGACUACACCAAGGUUCCUCAACCUGACCAAACCAAGGUUCCUCAACAUGACCAAACCAAGGUUCCUCAACCCGACUACACCAAGGUUCCUCAACCUGGCCACCCCAAGGUUCCUCAACCUGACCACACCAAGGUUCCUCAACCUGACCACACCAAGGUUCCUCAACCUGGCCACACCAAGAUUCCUGAGCCAUUUCCUUCAACAGUUAUUCCAGGCCCAGCCCAGCAGAAGACCAAGCAGAAGUAA